UAUGGCUUCCUCCUAUUCAUAUCCUGAGUUAUUUUUGGCGGGUUUUAUAUUUACCUUGCCAUUUUUGUACGAAAAAUGCAAUUUUUUCCGAUAUUACUUGAAGUUUUUCUUAUACUAUGCUUAUGUAUUAAUAACGUGUACAGUUUUAUUACCCGUAGUGUUAUUAUAUCCUCGCGACGUUACGAACCUAAUAGUAGCUUCCCGGUUUUGUCGCUACGCUUCACAUAUCGUUGGUAUAGAAUGGGAAUUACGAGGAUUGGAAAAUUGGGAUAAUGAACAAUCAUACAUCGUUAUUUCAAACCAUCAAAGUUCAUUAGAUAUUUUAGGUAUGUUCGAAAUGUGGCCCCGUAUGAAGCGAUGUACUGUUGUUGCCAAAAGACCUUUAAUGUUUGCUGGUGCAUUUGGAUUUGGAGCUUGGCUCUCUGGAUUAGUUUUUAUCGAUCGAUUAAAAACUGAAAAAGCGCGACUACUAAUGAAACAAGCCACCGCUAGAGUUAUUCAAGAGAAGACUAAACUGUGGGUGUUUCCUGAAGGAGCGCGGUAUAACAAAGGAUGUAUACAGCCGUUUAAAAAAGGUGCAUUUUAUUUAGCAAUUGAUGCCCAAAUUCCAAUAAUGCCUGUGGUAUUUAGCCAGUAUUAUUUUCUUGACAGUGAAACUAAGACAUUCGAACCAGGAAAAGUAGUUAUCACUACUUUGCCACCCAUUCCUACAAAAGGAAUGACCAGGGAUGACUUAGAAGCUCUUUCUGAUGUUGUCCGUCAUCAAAUGAUUGACGUUUUCAAUGAAAGUUCUAAAGAUUUAGCUAAGCAAAAAAAAAUAGCAAUCUAAGCUUUUGUUUAAAAAACAAGGUUUUUAAUAAUCUAGUCUUAUUUAAUAAGCAAAACCAUGAAGAAAUUUGGUUCAAAUCAGUUUAAUUUGUAUUAAUUUAUGUCAAUGAUAUAUUUAAGUUAAAAAACCAAAGUUCAAAGCACCUUGUGUUCUUUGUUAUAGUCAUUCAUUAUUUAUUAUUAUUACAUUAAUUUAUUAUUAGAUAUUUAAGGAAACCCUCAAUAAAGGUGGCACUAAAAGUUUGUUACUCUUAUUUAGGCUUCUUAAAAACAAUUUAAAAAAAAAAGUGGCAAUUGACAUUUAGCCUCAUGGCUGGUAUAUGCAGGGUAAAAACAUUUUAUAAAGAACUAAGCUGCAUUUACUUCUAUGAUUGUUAUAUAACAUAUGAAUAUAAUAAAUCACUAAAGCUUCUCUUGCUAGCAGCGUUAUUUUCUCGCAUUGUUUGCAUUUACAAAUUGCAAGAAUUCCACUUCAGUGACAUCUAUAAUUAAUGAAAAAGUUGUAUUUUUUUUAAUACUAAUUGACCUAAUUUUCCAACCGAAAAUUGCAGAUUUGCUUCUAACCACUCAGACAUAUUUCAAUACCUCGCAAACCAAUGCAGUCAGGUUUUAUGCGCCGCC